GCAGAGUGUGGCGAUGGAGACAGCAGCAAAUGGGAGGCCGUACAGGGACCCAUGAGAGACUCUGGACCUGGCAGCAGCAUGAGGAGGCGGUACAGGGGCCCAUGGCAGAUUAGGGGCCUGGCAGCAGCUAUGGGAGGCCCGUAAUCUGCCAGCACCCUAUGACAAAAAAUGGAACACACCAGCAGUGUGAGGAGACCUGAAAGUGGCACAUGGCAGAGUGUGGCGAUGGAGACAGCAGCAAUGGGAGGCCGUACAGGGACCCAUGAGACACUGUGGACCUGGCAGCAGCAUGA